UUGAGCUAUCUCGGGUCUACUCGUAGGAAGUGAAACGUUACGUUAUUAAUUCGAAAUGCUGGAGCGGUUUUUAUGUGUAUUUCUUUGGCUGGUUCUGUCGGUUCUGCCGCUAAAUUCCAGCUGGCUGAUCAUGGAUCCACAACCACCGGUGGAGCAUGCCAAGCGUGUGGCCGGGACACCGGGGUCAUUUUUGUCCGAUCAAGUUCCCGCCCCGGAAAAUGGUUAUCGUGUUGGAUGCUUAAGGGAGAGCAGCUUUGGUCGCAGUGUUAACAGACUAUAUCAGCGUUUGCUGGCCACGCCCGAUCCGACGCUGGCGCCCACAACCUUUGGCCGUCCUUUGAGUGAUGUCUUCUGGAUGGACUUUUUGCGAAUUCUGGAACGCGAAGCGCAGUCAAACACGGACCCCGAGUCUUCGGACACAAAGGUUAUCUUGAAUUUCCAACCCUGUUCGGCGCUCCGACUUCGCCAUUUUGUCAUUGGCAGAAAGUGAUCCCGAAUAUCACUUGCGGUGAUGCAUACACGUAUCAGGAAUCCAAAGAAUCAAGGAGAACUGAUCUAUUGAAAAUACUGUACAGGACUUGGCAAACUCAUUAACAAAUAAAUAAAUUUCAAAUAAUGAUACGCGUAAAAUAACUAGAGUAGUAAUUGAAUCUAUAAGUUUCUCAAUGUUUGGGUUUCGCUUGAAGCCCCAUAGACAAAUAUUUUUCGGUCCAAGUCUUCUAGUGACGAUUAGACUCGGCUUGAGCGACAAUAUACUUUGGUCUGG